AUUCAUCCAGGAACUCUUCUCCCCAACCUGCUACUAGACCUCCAUCUACUAGGUAUACAACACAAAAACACCACAGCCACAACCUCAAAAUGUCAUCACCCCCACUCCCACCACCACCACCACCCUCCACAAACACCUUCACCCACUCCCCGACCCUAGAACUGUACACCCUCCCCCUCCCAACCUUCCUCACCACCCCGCACUACACACACACGCACACACACCCUCUCACCCUCACCCCCACCACUCACAUCGUGACCGGCGCCUUACUCUUCGCCGCCAAUCCUUCACCCCCACCAACAACAACAACAACAAUAACAACCACCCCCAACCAGCCCCCAGAAGAACAACGCAUUCUCCUCCUCCGCCGCGCCCCGACCGACUCCUACCCGGGCCGGUGGGAAGCCCCCGGCGGCUCCUGCGACGCCACCGACGCCUCCAUCCUCGCCGGCGCGGCCCGCGAGGUGUACGAGGAGACCGGGCUGCGGGUUUCACGGUUCCGGGCGCUGGUCGGGGUGGAUGCGUGGGAGGUUGUGCGGGCGGAUGGGGUCAGGAAGGUGGUCAAAUUUACGUUCCUGGUGGAUGUUGACGACACUCCGCCCACAGAGCGAUUGGGGGGCGAUCGGGUGCAGAGGGGGGAGCUUGAUGGGGGGGUGGAGGGUGAUGGUGGUGGGGGCGGACUGGGCGGGAUCAGGCUCGAGCCCGCGGAGCAUGAUGCGUUUGUGUGGGCGACGGAGGAGGAGGUGCGGGCGGGGGUGGUUUGGUUGCGUGGGGAGCGGGUGGGGAUGGAGUUUGUGGGGAGGCAGGCGGAGAAUUAUCUCCGGGGGUUUGAGGUUGUGCGGUCUUUACCGAGGGGGGUUUGAGAGUUGAUGGCAUUCGGGAGGGGGGCAGAGGGUCGGCAGUGAUGGAUGUUGAAAUUUGGGAAGGGGAUUACUGCAGGUGCCUGUGGUUGGUUUGAGGGGUGUGUGUGUAUGGGGAUUACUAUGUUUACCCUAAUAUGUGAUGCAAUCCACGC